CAGGCAGCCCAGGACAGUGGCUUCCCUUUACCUUUCAGCUGCUGUAUGUUGCCGGGAAACUUCUAGGUCAGAGGCUAUUCAAGAAGCUGAUGAAGAUGACCUUCUAUGGGCACUUUGUAGCCGGUGAGGACCAGGAGUCCAUCCAGCCCUUGAUCCGGCACAACAAGGCCUUCGGCGUUGGCACCAUCCUGGACUACGGAGUGGAGGAGGACCUAGGCUCCGAGGAGGCUGAGCACAGGAAGAUGGAGUCCUGCACCUCACCUGCGGAGAGGGAUGGCAGUGGCACGAACAAGUGGGAGAAGCAAUACCAGGCCCACUGGGCCUUCGGGGACCGCAGACAUGGCGUCAUCAGUGCCUGCACCUACUUCUACGCCAACGAGGCCAAAUGCGACAGCCACAUGGAAACAUUGUUGAGCUGCAUCGAGGCCUCAGGUGCAGCCAACGACGACGACUUCUAAGCCAUUAAGCUCACGGCACUGGGGAGACCCCAGUUUCUGCUGCAGUUCUCAGACAGGCCGACCAAAUGGAGAUGCUUCUUUCACCAAAUGGCCGCGGAGCAAGGGCAGGUGGGCCUGGCUGCCAUGGACACCAAGCUGGAGGUGGCGGUGUUGCAGGAAAGCAUCACAAAGGUGGACAUCACAUCCAGGGCUGAGAUUGAGGACUGGUUCACAGCAGAGACCCUGGGAGUGUCUGGCACCGUGUACCUGCAGGACUGGAGCAGCCUCAUCGACAGCAGGACCAAGCUCUCCAAGCACCUGGUGGUCCCUAACGCACAGACAGGACAGCUGGAGCCCCUGCUGUCCCAGUUUACUGAGGAAGAGGAGCUGCAGAUGACAAGGAUGCUGCAGCAGAUGGGUAUCCUGGCCAAUAAAGCCACAGAGGUGGGUGUGCGGCUGAUGGUGGAUGCCGAGCAGACCUACUUCCAGCCCGCCAUCAGCCACCUGACGCAGGAGAUGCAGCGCAGGUUCAACGUGGAGAGGCCGCUCAUCUUCAGCACGCACCAGUGCUACCUCAAGGAUGCUUAUGACAAUGUGACCCUGGAUGUGGAGCUGGCUCGCCGUGAGGGCUGGUGUUUUGGGUCCAAGCUGGUGCGGGGCGCAUACAUGGCCCAGGAGCGAGCCCGUGCAGCAGAGAUCGGCUGUGAGGACCCCAUCAACCCCACGUACGAGGCCACUAACGCCAUGUACCACAGGUGCCUGGACCAUGUGUUAGAGGAGCUGAAGCAUAACACCAAGGCCAAGGUGAUGGUGGCCACCCACAACGAGGACUCAGUGCGCUUCACGCUGCGCAGGAUGGAGGAGCUGUGCCUGCAUCCUGCUGGCCACCAGGUGUAUUUUGGCCAGCUGCUGGGCAUGUGUGACCAGAUCAGUUUCCCGCUGGGCCAGGCCGGCUACCCUGUGUACAAGUAUGUGCCCUAUGGCCCGGUGAUGGACGUGCUGCCCUACCCAUUCCGCCACACCCUGGAGAACAGCAGCCUCAUGAAGGGCGCCCGUCGGGAGCGGCAGCUGCUGUGGCUGGAGCUCUUUCGGCGGCUCCGAACUGGCAGCUUCUUCCAUCGCCCCGCCUAGCACCCUCGAGCCCACCCUCGGCCUCCAGUCACCCCAGCUCUGGCCUCCAGGGACCCUCGCCCCUCCAGGCCAUCACCAUCCUCACACAGAUUCACCUUUUUUCACCCCACACUUCAGAGCUGCUGGAUGUGGGCCAGGUGCCUCCCAGCCCCGCCCAGGGUGUGGGCCGAACCUGAUACCUGCCUGAGAAAGCUGCUGGGAACUGUCUGGAACUCUCCUUGGAUGUGUGGGCCCAAGCCCUCACCUCCAUGACCCACAUGUCCUUGGACCUAGAGGACUGUCUGCCUUCUGCCAGGGCCAGCCCACAGAGCUUGAGCCCCUUGGGGACAGUGGCCGGGCUGGGGAGGCCUACCUGGUCAAUAAAACACUGUUCCU